CCGGGUGAGCCGCCCCGCCCCCACGUGGACCUGGGGCGAGCAGAGCGCACCGCAGCGGUGGCGGGAGCGGCGCUGGGAGUCGUCUGGGAGCCAGGGCUGAGUCAGCUGCAGACCACUGAGAAGCCUUCGCUUGCUGCCAACUGGCUGCCCCGUACCCCACUAUCCACCAUGCAGCCCCAGUCAGUUCUGCACAGCGGCUACUUCCACCCCCUGCUUCGGUCUUGGCAGGCAGCUAGCGCCACCCUUGGUGCCUCCAACCUCAUCUACCCCAUCUUUGUCACGGAUGUUCCUGAGGACAUACAGCCCAUUGCCAGCCUCCCAGGAGUGGCCAGGUAUGGUGUGAACCGGCUGGAAGAGAUGCUGAGGCCCCUGAUGGAGGAGGGCCUGCGCUGCGUCCUGGUCUUUGGCGUCCCCAGCAGAGUUCCCAAGGAUGAGCGGGGCUCUACAGCUGACUCUGAGGACUCCCCAGCCAUUGAGGCCAUUCGCCUGCUUCGAAAGACCUUCCCCGGCCUUCUGGUGGCUUGCGAUGUCUGCCUGUGCCCCUAUACCUCCCAUGGUCACUGUGGGAUUCUGAGUGAGAACGGGUCAUUCCUGGCUGAAGAGAGCCGCCAGAGGCUGGCAGAGGUGGCACUGGCCUAUGCCAAGGCAGGAUGUCAGGUGGUGGCCCCUUCGGACAUGAUGGACGGACGCGUGGAAGCCAUCAAGGAAGCUCUGAUGGCACAUGGAUUUGGCAACAGGGUAUCAGUGAUGAGCUAUAGCGCCAAGUUUGCUUCCUGUUUCUAUGGACCUUUCCGGGAUGCGGCUCAGUCAAGCCCAGCUUUUGGAGACCGCCGCUGCUACCAGCUGCCACCCGGAGCACGAGGCCUGGCCCUCCGCGCUGUGGACCGGGAUGUACGUGAGGGAGCUGACAUGAUCAUGGUGAAGCCGGGAAUGCCCUACCUGGACAUCGUGCGCGAGGUCAAAAACAAGCACCCAGAACUGCCCCUGGCUGUGUACCACGUUUCUGGAGAGUUUGCCAUGCUGUGGCACGGAGCCCAGGCUGGGGCGUUUGAUCUCAAGGCUGCCGUCCUGGAGGCCAUGACUGCCUUCCGCAGAGCAGGUGCUGACAUCAUCAUCACCUACUACACACCUCAGCUAUUGCAGUGGCUAAAAGAGUGACGGAGAACAUGUACAAGACCCAAGAACUAGAACUUUUCAAAGUUCCCAGGGCCUUGGAGAAGUGAAAACCAAAGUAAAUGCUGCUUUUAGAAUUGUGCCCUUUUGCCCUCUUCCUGCUCACAUGCUGGCAGGUGCCCCCUCCAGGGCUGGUUUCUACAGCAUGCCAAACCUUACCACUUGCAGCCACAUCCUCAUGGGCUCUCCCAGGCCUCCCCACCCCGCCCCUGGGUCAACCCUAAGACUCACCUCUGUACCAGCUUCUUCCUGCAAUGUGGCUUCACCUUGAAAACCACCAGGAGUUGGGUGCAGGCUCGGUGGUCCUGGGAGAGGGGCUUGGAGCACUGGAAGAAAAAAGUUAGAUAUUGGAUCCUAAGAAGCUCUGGAAAGCUUAGUGCUCCCAGCAACAGAGCUGGGGCUGCUGGCACUAAGCUUUGAUUGACAUCUGUGGUAUAUCGUUGAGAUUUGCUGUGAUGCCACACAGACAAGUGGUUGCCAGGCUACCUGAAAUUGCCCAUUCUACUCUGUACUGAGCCAUAAACCCAAAGAAGAAUUGUUCUUUAAUGCAGAAAUGUUGCCUGAGGAUCAAAUUCAGAAGCCAAGGGAGAGGUCCUGAUUGUUGGAGAUGCUACCACCAUAAAGGCUUUUUAUUGAAGAGAAAUUUUUUGAGAAUGUCUGCUCUGUGCCCAGGAGUGGGCUUGUUACUGAGAAUACAGCAGGACAGACCUCAGCUUAUGUCUCUGUGUGGAAUCUAUACAAAGAUGAUGGGGGAGGCAGCCAGCAGUAAGAACACAGACAAAUAAAGCAGUUGCAAACUGUACUAGGUGCUUGGAAGGAAAGUAAGACUCCGACUAACAAGAGGAAGGGACUGCUCUUGAGAAGGUGGCUAGGAAGCCAUUCCUGAGGUUGAGGGACAAAGAGAGACACUUGUAGAGAGAAGCUCCUAGAAGCUGCAAGAAUGACACAAAGUGUGCAAAGAUCCUGCCGUGGGAGGAGCUUGGCCAGGCUCCUGGGAACAGAUAAGGAAAGUGGGCAACAGGACUGGAGGCCGGAAAGGUAAAUCCUGUACCUUGUAGGAAGCUUGGAUUUAGAAAGUCAUCAAAGGAUCUUAACCAUAGUUGUGUGGGUCAAUUUCCCACACAGCUGCUAUGAAAAAAAUGAGGGGUGAGAAAGAAAGCAGAGCGCGAGAGCCUGGCUGGGAAGCUAUUGCAGACCCCAGAGAGCAGUGACACCCUGGAACAGGUUUAGCAGCGGAGAGAGGAGGAUGCAAAUGUAUUCAGGUUAUGUUCUGGAGACAAUUAGCAGAUUGUGUUGAUGGUUUACAUCUGGGGGGAUGGAGGGUAAGGGGAACAAGGAUGCCUUCAUGGGUUUCUGGCUCGAGCAACUAGAUAAGCAGUCUCAAUUCAUUCUUCUGAGACUGACAGAAUAUAAUGUUCCCCCUGAUGAAGGCUAAAGCCCAGCUCAGAAGGGCACAGUUUGCAAGUCCACCUGGCCCAUCUGCUGAGCAACAGGGAACCCCAGCUCUAGGGUCAAAGCAAGUUCAGUGCAGACCUUAAAGCCUACAACCCAUGUUACGAUUUAGAGUAAUCAACUCCAGCAGCAAUUCUGUCAGACCAGCCCCUCCCAGCUCGUGGUAGUCUUCCUCAGAGCUGUGACCAACUCAAGAUGGCAUCUCAUUCUGUCUUUAGCCUUUUGCAAGCUGACCAAUCAAAAUCAGGGCUUGCAAAGUCACAAACUUUCACUGCCAGGGAGCCUGGGUUUGAAUCAACUACCUGGGGGCCUAAAGCACUAAGGAUGAGCUGUUGAUGGGCCUCGGACUUAGACCAGACCAGAACCGUUAGUCAUCUUAGCUUCUUGGCUUCCUGGCCCCUGAGCUCACUUCUGGUGAAUGUGGAAGGGAAGUUUUUCAAACAUCAUUCCAAACCAGUUGCCGAGCUAAUAUGAGGCCUAGCUCUAUUCUAGGCAGAGACAAAGACACUGCCCCUUAGGUAUAAGCAGUCCUUGGGCAGCAAACAACUGUGCACGAGCCCCUUACCCCACCCUGAUGGUUUGAAGAAUCAAUAAAUGCUUCCCUGAGGCACCAACAUUUGAGCUAAAGCUGAAGGAUAAGCAGCCAAGCCAAGACAUGUUUGGGGAAGAGAAUUCCAGGCAGAGGGGACAGCCGUGCAGAGGCCCUGGGGCCCAAAUGAGCUGGAAGAACAUAAGGCAGGUGUGGCUGGAGCGGGGAAGGACAGAGGAAGUGGUCUCCCAAACUAGAGAGAAACCAGGGCCCCACCAUGCAGUAGCUUAAAGGCCGUGGCUUAAGGAAGGCAAGAGCCUUUUCCGCCUCUAUUCCAAGAGAGAGCAGGGGUAUGUCUCGCUGGAACUUGCAUUCUAUGAAACUGUUGACAGCACAGUGGCAAAGCGCAGUUGAGACAUGGCCAGGUCUGGGGUGGAGGCCGUGGGACAGAGAGAUGAAUGGAUUUACAAGGUAGAGUAGAUGUGAAGUAUGAACUUGGCCUGAGCUCCUGGGUGGCUGAUGCGCCAUUUACCGAGGUGCGGGAAGCGUGGAAGAGGAUCAAAGAGGAACGGGAGUCCUCCUGUGUUUGCACUGAAGAAGUUAUAUCUACCACUUACAUGAUUUACCCAAGGCCAUUCAACACAUCUGUGGCAGAUUUGAGUCUAGAGCCCUAGCCACCCAAAACCUUAACCCAUAUUAACCCAUAUUGCCCUCUCCCCUAACCUCUUCCCUAACCACUGUGCCAUGCCAGUAGAGAAUGAUGGGUCUAACAUGAUGCUAUUAGCUCCAGUAAUAGGGCAGACCAAGGGGCUGGGUUGCCUUCAGGCAUCGUGGGCUGUGGAAGUAGUGCCUUCUGGAGUUAGGCCUUGUCCCCCGGGGGUGCCAGCCUGAUGUCCACUCCAGCCCAUGUGUUUUGUCUACAAAGGCAAUAAUGGCGUGGCAGGCAGCUGGCAGCAUUUGAGCGGCCCUGUGCAUCCUGGCUCCUCCAUGUCCCUGUCUCCUGCUGGUGUUUGGCCCUGGCUGAUACUAAUUUUAUCCCUGGGCAGAGAAGUCAACUUUCACAAUUGGCAAAGCAUGUUAUUCUGAACUUCCAGGGGUCACAGUGCAUGGGUAAGCAGCAUUAAGGGCCUCUCUCUAUGAGACUUGACUUUCACCCCCCUCUCAGAUGUGCCAGCUUGGACAGUAGCUCAUCUGUUCUUUGUGGGGGCUUCCUGAAGGCCACAACAAAUAGCCAACACAUUCCACCAUCCUCAUUUUUUAUUUUACUAAGAUCCCUAAAACUCUAAUCUCAAUGGAGAUGUGGUUGAGGGACCCACCAAGCAACAGGCACUUUAGCCACCACUUUACUACCACUUCUAUCACUUCCCCAGCUAGGGAAGGGGAGGAUCCUGACCUCUAUGACCACGUGGACUCUGUCAAUUCCAUACCUAAGGGCCAAUGACUUGUCGCACUCAUUACUCUAUUGUAUCAGGUGCUCUUGGUUGCAAGGGACGGAAACUCUGGACACAACCAGAGCAAAAAAUGGAAAUGACUGGUUUUCAUAACUGGAUUGUGAUGAGGUUAGGUAUGAUUGGCCCUCAGACCGAAAAUUCUCGUGUAGGGCUGUGUCUUUUCCUAGCUUCACCUCUCUCUGCUUGGUUUAUUCUUAGAUGGGAUUCUGUCACCUGACAUUAACACGAUCCCUACAUGGUCCUUAAGACUUACGGUCCCAGGGGCCUCCCUGGUGGCGCAAGGGAUUAAGACACAACCUACUAAGCUAUCCACAGCCACUGCAGCACAAGUUCGAUCCCUGGCCAGGGAGCUACCCACAUGGCUCAGCAGUCUUCUCCUGACUUGCCGACUGCUCCCCUCAGCAGUGUAUUUCAGUGUAUUUCUGCCUGUUCUGUUCCCCACUCUGUCUCUGUGAAUCCUCUCACCCCCACAUCUCUGGCCUGACCGCAGUUCUUAUAUUUAUAAAUAAAUAGAUAGAUAGAUAGAUAGAUAGAUAGAUAGAUAGAUAGAUAGAUAGAUAAAUAAAUAAAUAAAAGACUUACAGUCCCAGAGAAAGUCAGACCCUCCCUUUCCCAUCACUCAAAUCUCUGGAGGUCUCUGACCCCACCCAGGUUACGUGACUGGCCUCUUGGCUCAGUGAUGAAGCAAUCACACACAAGGCUGGGGAGGCCUCAGCUUUUGUACCUGUGGUCCCCUUGCCUGGAAUGCUUUCUCCCCAAAUCUACGGCCCUUUCCUUUUUAAGAUGUUGGCUUAAGUAUCACUUCCUCAAUGACGUCUGCCCUGACUCAGUUUAAAGUCAUCUGCCCCCUCAGGAUUCAGAUUCAGUGGAUAUAACAGAAGCCCAAAUAACAGUAGCUUAAGAUGGAAAUCUGCUUCUCAGUAAGCAGGCCAGGCUGUCAGCCACGUGGCCUGCCAGCUCUGUCAUCCUCAACACAUCUUGCUUCCAUCUCGUGAUCAAAGAUGGUGAGUCCUGUCCCCACGAUCAGGUCCUCUUUUCAGCCAGUAGGAAGAGGAAAGGGCAAGCGGAGGGCAUGACCCAUCUUUAAAGGGCACAACAGAGACGUUGCACACAUCACUUUUGUCCACAUUCAUCAGCACUUAGUCACUGGCCACACCCCAUUCUGUGACAGAGGCUGAGAAAGAGUCUAGCAGGGCAGCAUGUGCUCAGCUACAACCUGGUUCAAUUACUAAUGAAAAUGGAGAGAAUGGACAAGGGAGCAAAUGGCCAUCCCCAUCAUAUGGAGUUCCUUGUAGACACAGAAACGGUGGUCAGAACAUCAAAGGACGAGCUCCUUAGAGGCACUCUAGUUAAGUACUCUACAGAUGGAGACAGGGAUUUGUCCAAAUUUGUGCAAGCCAGUGACAGACCAUGGCUGGGAUUCGGGUCUCCUAACUUCAGAACUGGGAGAGUACAAAAGGGUAAGGGUAUGAGGGUGGUUUUAGAGGGAUUUUUGCUUUUUAUGUAUUAUCUUAGCUUCAAAUGAAUUUUUAUAUCCAUGUGUCAUAUCUAACAAAGAUAUAUUUGUGCUAUUUGUGUAAAUAAAAAAUGAAAAUGUGGCCAGUAUAUAUAGGAGGAAAAUGUGUUAUCUCCACUAGUACCAAUUGUUGAAAAUGUGGAGCAAAUGGAAAUCUCACACGAUACUGACUUCAGGAAACGUUCUUGUCCCUUCUAAUAAAGCUUAACAUAAUACCCUCUGACCUAGUGAUUCUACAUCUGGGUAUUUACCUGAACAGAAAUGUGAAUAUGCACAUAUGUUUACCAGAAGUCAUACUCAGGAAUGUUCACAGAGUUAACAAAAAUCCAACCCGGUAAAUUUGAGAUCCAACUGACUCUAUUCAAUGAUUCCUAAGUCAGGCAGUAUCCCAUCACGAACAAAGGCAUUUCAAGGAGUUGGUACUAGAUGAAAGGUUAAAGAGAGGCAAGAUAAAAGGGAGUUGUAGCCUGGCUAAGUUACUAUCGGUCACUUUCCUAUGGGGGAUAAAAUGGGUCUAUCAGGUGGAUUAUCUUGUUAGUGUGACAGGAGAUUCAGGUUUCAGGGUCAACAUCCCCCAGAGAUGUUGAAGCUCUAAUUAGAUUAGGUAUGAAGUCUUGAUGUGCUGAUACCAGGCUUUAGCACAAGUGAUUCCACUUGGGGCCUGUUGUCUUUUUUUAAUGACAGCAAUAUUUUCCUAAUAUUGUAAUAAAACUCUAGCUAAAUCAAAUGCCCAUCAACAGUAAAAUGUGGUCUAUUUAAUAUGACAGACUACAGUCUUGCUCCACUUAACUUAGCGAUACAUUCUGAGAAAUGUGACCUUAAGCAAUUUUGUCAUUGGACUGAGUCACAGAGAACGCCUACACAAACCUAGGUGCAGUGGCCUACACACCAAGGCUUUAUAUAGGGACCACUGUCAUACACACUGUCCGUGGUUGACAGGACAUGUCAUGUGGUAAAUGACUAUUCCAAGUGUGAGAAUGAAUGACCUAUGACAACACACAGUACAUGGAUGACUCUUACAAAUAAAAUCAAGCAAAAGAGGCAAGACAAAAGUGUAUUCUGGUCCUCCCUGGUGGCACUAAGGGUUAAGUGUCAGCACUACGAAGCUAUUACCAGCCACUGCUGCAAGAGUUCGAUCCCCAGCCAGGGAGCUGACCCACAUGGCACAUCAGACCUCUCCUGGCUCACCCGCUGCUCCCCUCAGCAGUGUAUUUCAGUAAAUAUGCCUGUUCUGUUCCCCACUGUCGUUGGUGAGUACUCUAGCCCCCCACACCUCUGGCCUAC